AUGCGUGCCGUUUUAUUAACAGUAGCGAUAGCCCUUCUGGGUUCCGCUUAUGGAGACGAAAUACCCACUGAAGACAAUGUACUUGUUCUGAGCAAACCUCUUUUUGAUUCUGUUAUUUCAAGCAACGACUACGUCUUAGUGGAAUUCUAUGCGCCAUGGUGCGGCCACUGCAAGUCCCUCGCGCCGGAAUACGCGAAAGCUGCCACAAAACUUGCCGAAGAAGAUUCACCUAUAAAGUUGGCUAAAGUAGACGCUACUCAAGAACAAGAUUUGGCUGAGUACUAUAAAGUUAAGGGAUACCCAACCCUUAUUUUCUUCAAGAAAGGCAGCAGCAUUGACUACACAGGUGGACGCCAGGCCGAUGACAUCAUAGCAUGGCUGAAGAAGAAGACUGGUCCUCCCGCAGUCGAAGUUUCCUCGGCAGAACAAGCUAAAGAACUCACCGUCGCCAACCUCGUGGUCGUAUUCGGUUUCUUCCCCGACCAAUCAUCCGAACGUGCAUUAACUUUCCUUAACACCGCUGGAGUAGUUGACGACCAGAUCUUUGCUAUUGUAUCUGACGAGAAAGUCAUCGAAGAGUUGGAAGCUAAAGCCGGCGAUAUUGUUUUAUACAAGAAAUUCGAAGAUCCCCAAGUCAAAUAUGAUGCUGAAGAAUUGAGUGAAGAUCUCCUUAAGAACUGGGUGUUUAUGCAGAGCAUGCCCACAAUUGUUGAAUUCUCACACGAAACUGCUUCCAAGAUCUUCGGCGGUCAGAUCAAAUACCACCUCCUUUUAUUCCUGUCCAAGAAAGACGGUCACUUCGAGAAAUACAUCGAUGAGUUGAAACCUGUUGCCAAGAACUACCGCGACAAGAUCAUGACUGUCUCCAUCGACACAGACGAAGAUGACCAUCAGAGAAUCCUGGAGUUCUUUGGCAUGAAGAAGGAUGAGGUGCCGUCCGUUCGUCUCAUAGCUUUGGAGCAAGACAUGGCCAAGUACAAGCCAGCGGCCGAUGAACUUAAUGCUAACACUGUUGAGGAGUUCGUCCAAUCUUUCUUCGCGGGUACUCUGAAGCAGCAUCUGUUGAGCGAGUCUCUCCCCGCGGACUGGGCUGACAAACCCGUUAAAGUUCUAGUCGCCUCCAACUUCGAUGAAGUCGUCUUUGAUAAUGAAAAGACCGUUCUCGUGGAGUUCUACGCGCCUUGGUGCGGUCACUGCAAACAACUGGUGCCUAUCUACGACAAACUUGGUGAGCACUUUGAGAAGGAUAGUGACGUCAUCAUCGCCAAGAUAGACGCGACCGCCAACGAGCUGGAACACACCAAGAUCACCUCCUUCCCCACCAUCAAACUGUACACCAAGGAUAACCAGGUUCGUGAGUACAACGGUGAGCGUACUUUGAGCGCGCUCACUAAAUUCGUUGAGACAGGCGGAGAAGGCGCCGAGCCUGUGCCUGUAGACGAAGAAUCAGACAGCGACGACCACGAACAACCGCGAGACGAACUUUAA